CAGUAAAAGAAAAAACAAAACAACAAAGAAGAAAGGGUCAUCAUCGUUUCAUGGUUGCCUCUUCUCCUUCUCACUCCCCCACCAUAUCUGCUCUCUUCUCUCUCAGCUUCACCCUUCCCUUAAAAGCUCCCAUUUUUUACUCCAUUUUCGAUUUCCUUCAUAUUCUCCCUCAGCUUUCGCUAAACCCUCAGAUUAAUAUCCGAACCGAAUCUGAACAAUCUCUCUCCCUCGAUUUCGCGGUUUUAGGGUUCCUAUCUUCCUAGUUCCUUUGAUUCGUCGAUUCUGCUUCUAGGGUUUACUAGUUCGUCUUCAAGAUUCGAUUUUGCCAUUGAAUGGUGCAAUGGUGUCAGCGAACGACCCUAUCGAGACGAUAUUCAAUUCGAUCCAAGUCGUUAAAGACGCUCUCCUCCCCAUCGAGCUAGGCGUCAAAAAGGCGGCGAGAGACAUCGAGAGCUGCUGGGUGAGCAAAGAGAAGGACUUUCGUUUGGGAAGAAACAGGAAGAAGCGAGUGUGUGAUAGUGUUCAGUGUUUUGUUAGUGAAGAGAGGAAGAAAGGUUUGUCCUUUAAGUUCCCUGUGAAGAAGAAAGACAAGUCUUUGGAUGAUGAGGAUUCUUGUACGAAUUGCUUCAAGUUUGCUAUGACUUGGUCUUUGUUGGUGAGUGGCUUUGUCCAUGCUUUUCCUGUUCCUUUUAAGAUAGGCAAGAAGAGGAUUCAUGAUGAGAACAGCCUUAAGCUUAAACCAAAGGCUAAAGAGAUGAGGAAGAGCCAGUCAGCUAAAUCUUUAGAAAAGGAAGGGAACAGUUUCACGAUUGAAUGCGCUAUUGGGUUUGUUGUUGAAAUGUUGGCUCAGAAUCUCCAGAAGCUAGACCAGUUCAUCCAGGACAGUUCACAGAGUGAAGAUAGUCCACUUAUCUUUAACAUAUGGGAUGCUAGGAAACUCGAUGUGAAUGGAUUCCUUGGGAACUUGAUGUUUGCAAGAGUUGGAGAUGUGGCGUCUGGUAUAGUUGGCCUGACAUCUCCUAUGAGUGAAGAUGGUGAUGAAAGUAACGUUAGUAAGGAGGAAAGUGUAGUAGAUCCUCCACAGAGCUUGGCUAGUGGACUACUGAGUAUACCUUUGUCGAACGUAGAGCGUUUGAAAUCCACACUGUCCACGAUUUCAUUGACUGAGCUUAUUGAGCUUUUACCCCAGUUAGGACGACCUCCAGGAGACCAUCCGGACAAGAAGAAACUAAUCUCUGUUCAGGAUUUUUUCAGAUACACCGAGUCUGAAGGCAGGAGGUUCUUUGAAGAACUAGAUAGAGAUGGUGAUGGUAAAGUAACAUUGGAAGAUCUGGAAAUUGCAAUGAGGAGAAGAAAAUUGCCCAGAAGAUACGCCAAGGAGUUUAUGAGACGAGCGAGGAGUCAUCUUUUCUCAAAAUCAUUCGGUUGGAAGCAGUUUUUGUCAUUGAUGGAACAGAAGGAGCCAACCAUCCUCCGCGCCUACACUUCUCUCUGUUUGACAAAGUCUGGUACUCUUCAGAAGAGUGAGAUAUUGGCAUCACUAGAUAACGCUGGACUUCCUGCUAACGAAGAGAACGCUAUAGCCAUGAUGAGGUUCUUGAAAGUUGACACCGAAGAGUCUAUCUCGUAUGGACAUUUUCGUAACUUCAUGGUUUUGCUGCCGUAUGAGCGGUUACAGGAUGAUCCUCGUAACAUCUGGUUUGAAGCUGCGACUGUUGUUGCUGUUGCACCUCCCGUGGCCCUACCUGCUGGAGAUGUUCUGAAAUCUGCAUUAGCGGGAGGACUUGCCUCUGCUCUCUCCACUUCCCUAUUGCAUCCCAUUGACACAAUCAAGACACGUGUGCAAGCAUCAACCUUAUCAUUUCCUGAAGUAAUAGCAAAGCUUCCAGAGAUUGGUGUCCGGGGAGUGUAUAAGGGUUCUAUUCCAGCAAUUCUUGGACAAUUUUCAAGCCAUGGCCUGCGGACAGGAAUAUUCGAAGCAAGUAAACUUGUUUUGAUCAAUUUUGCUCCCAAUCUCCCAGAAAUUCAGAUUCAAUCGAUUGCGUCAUUCUGCAGCACGCUAUUAGGCACGGCUGUGCGGAUUCCAUGUGAGGUGCUGAAGCAACGGUUACAGGCUGGCAUGUUUAACAAUGUAGGGGAAGCCAUAGUAGGGACGUGGAAGCAAGACGGUCCAGGAGGGUUUUUCCGUGGGACAGGCGCAACUCUUUGCCGUGAAGUCCCACUAUACGUUGUCGGCAUGGGACUGUAUGCAGAGUCCAAAAAGAUGGUGGCGCAAGCGCUGGGAAGAGAGCUAGAGGCAUGGGAGACAAUAGCAGUUGGGGCGGUGUCAGGAGGUGUAGCAGCAGUUGUAACGACACCGUUCGAUGUGAUGAAGACGAGGAUGAUGACUGCAACACCAGGGAGACCGAUCUCAAUGUCAAUGGUUUUUUUCUCGGUUCUGCGUCACGAGGGACCGCUUGGUUUGUUCAAAGGAGCGGUACCGAGGUUCUUCUGGGUGGCUCCUCUCGGUGCAAUGAACUUUGCUGGAUAUGAACUAGCCAAGAAAGCUAUGCAGAAGAACGAGGAAGAUCAGCUUGGUCAGAAGAAGCUUUGCUAAUGGUUUUUUCACUUUGCUUUGCUGCUACAAAGUUUUUUUUGGGGGGGGCAGCUUGAGCUUUGGAGGAGACUACUCUUUGUUAAAUGCUACUACUUUUGCAAAUUUUGACCCCAAAAAAAAGUUGAUUGUUUUGUUGUGUAUGAAAGACAAUUUUCAUCUUAUUAAAUUACAAAACUUUCGUUUGAAAUUU